AUGUAUCAUAUAAGUAAGCAUUUAAUUCGAAUGCAUAAACAAAAAUUUCCAAAAUCAUUUAAUAAAAUUUUCACAUGUGUUAAACUACAAUCAAAUACAAAACUUGAGGAAAAAUAUUUACAGCAAAUAAAAAUAAGUACAGAACUUGAUAAGUUAUUGGAUAAAGUUGAAAAUAAAAUUAGUUAUAAUACAAUCAUUGAUAGGAAAAAGUUUAGUCACUCGUAUCGCAAACAUAAAAUUAUUGAAAAUAUACUUUCAAAACAAGAAAAUGAACUCACAUUUCAAUUAAAACAUCUAACGCCUUUACCUGCAUCCUUAAAGUAUUAUAUGGAUAAUAAUGACUCUAAAUUGAAGGAAGAAGUCGUUAAUAAUAAAGAAAUUCCAGAGCCAAAUGUUACAAAAUUUCCUUACGACCUAAAACAAUCGACCACUAAUUUCGAAAUAACAUCGAACGAUUUAAAAGUAGAAAAAGAUGAAAUUAGUGAACAAAGCGAUGAACAUAUUGAAAAAGUUCCUGCAAAUUGGAUGUCGGACUAUGAAUUGUAUUCAGAAGAAUUAGAUACUGGCGAAACUGAUAGCUGGAAAAUGAAUUACGGAACACCAAACCCAAAUUUGGCAGUAAGUCAAGUGCCAUGCGGUGGAUGUGGAUCACUGCUUCAUUGUAAGGAUACAUCAAUACCCGGAUAUAUUCCAAGCGAAAUAUUUGAAAAUGUAUCAAAGAAAGAAUUAGCAUCAAUUAUUUGUCAACGAUGUCAUUUCUUAAAAAAUUAUAACACAACCUUACAAGUUCGGAUAUCACCAGACGAGUAUCCAAAAAUUUUAAGUACUAUCAAAUCGAAAUAUGCUUUAGUAAUUUUAAUGGUUGAUUUAUUAGAUUUUCCAUGUUCAAUUUGGCCUAAUAUUAUCGAUAUUAUUGGUAGUAAACGACCUGUAAUUGUCGUUGGAAAUAAAGUGGAUUUAUUGCCUCAAGAUUCUAGAGGAUAUUUAAAUCAUAUUAAAUUUGUUUUGGAGAAAGUUAUUAAUGAAACUGGAAUUUCAAAAGCUAAUAUUAAACAUACAGCUUUAAUUUCAGCAAAAACUGGCUAUGGAAUUGAGGAGCUUAUUACUAAAUUACAUAGUAUUUGGGAAUAUAAAGGUGAUGUAUAUUUAGUCGGCUGCACAAAUGUUGGCAAAUCAUCUUUAUUUAAUGCAUUAUUACAAUCUGAUUAUUGUAAGAUACAAGCUGUAGAUCUUAUACAAAGAGCUACGGUUAGUCAAUGGCCAGGAACUACACUAAAUUUAUUAAAAUUUCCCAUAUUAAGACCUUCAGGUUGGAGAUUAUAUGCGCGAACAAAACGCCUAGUAGCAAAUCGAAAUAAUUUGAAUGCUGAAAAUGCACUACGAAAAUCUCGUUUGCGUGAAACUAAAAAUCCCAUGUACGCUUCUUUAAUUGGCCACAUUGAUAGAACAUUUACGCCCGAAGAACCUAUUGACUUGAACACUGACCCCUUUACGGUAGGUAUGAAUCCAAACGCAGGUACAGGACUAAAAACAUUAAAUGAAAAAAGUGAGGAGUAUGUAAAAAGUAAAUGGUGUUUUGAUACACCAGGUGUUUUACAACCAGAUCAGUUUUUACAUCUAUUGACGACGGAAGAAAUAAUGUUAACGUUACCGAAACAAAUUAUUGCUCCACAAACAUUUAGUCUUAAGCCAAAACAAACCAUUUUUAUUGCCGGUCUUGCACGGUUAGAUGUUAUUGAAAGUUCGUGCUCUAGUCUUCCAUUACGAUUUACUAUUUUCACUUCAAAUUCGUUACCUAUAACAAUAUGCGACACAAAAGACGCCGACGAUUUAUAUAAACAAUUAAUUGGUUCAGAAUUGUUUUUAGUACCUCAAGCGACUGGUGAUCGAUUAAUGAAAUGGACGAGUUUAACUAGUGGUGAAAUUUUAAACGUGGUAGGAAAAGAUUAUAAAAUUUCGUCCGCAGAUAUUAUUCUUUCAUCCGCCGGAUGGAUUGCCAUUACUCCAGGUCCCGAUGUACAAUGUAAACUGCAAGCAUGGACGCCUGAAGGGCGUGGUAUACAUGUACGUGAACCAUCAUUACUGCCGUAUGCUGUGAAUCUUCGUGGGAAAAAAAUUCGUGGUAGCCCUGCUUACGGAUCUAGUAAAUUUUUUAUACGUGAAUAAAAAUAAUUGUUAAAAU